GUGCAGUUCUCCUGUCCAGUGUACAAGGAUUAGCAAUUAAUGUUGAUCCAGUCCUGUAUACUUGGCUUAUCUACCAACCUCAAAAACGAGCUGGUAGACACAUUCAGCAGCAAUCUGUAGGAGCUGUUCCACUUGGUGUGUCAGUAACUCGGAAAAAAGAGGAUGAAGCAUCAGUUGGAAGUGCACCUUUGGCAAGGCAGCAAUCUAAUCAAGCCUCUGAGUAUGCCAGCAGUCCUGUCAAAACAAAAACAGUGACAGAAUCUCGUCCUUUGUCACUUCCUGUGAAAACCAUGCUGAACUCAUCUGAAAGUUGCAGAAGUCCUGAGGAAAGAAUGAAGGAAUUUAUUGGAAUAGUGUGGAAUGCAGUUAAGUGCCUUACACUUCAGCUUGAAGUGCAAUCUUGUUGUGUAUUCCUUCCAAAUGAUAGCCUGCCUUCUCCAAGUACUAUUGUAUCGGGUGACAUUCCCGGGACUGUGCGAAGCUGGUACCAUGGGCAGGCCAGUAUGCCUGGCACACUUGUCGUCUGCUUGCCCCAGAUAAAGGUUAUGAGUGCUGGACACAAACACAUGGAACCCUUGCAAGAAAUCCCAUUUGUUGUGCUGAGACCCAUCCUGGAAGAAGGUGAUGCUUUUCCAUGGACAAUUAGUCUGCAUCAUUUCAGUAUAUAUACUCUUCUUGGACAACAGAUGACACUUAAUUUAGUGGAACCAAUGGGCUGUACUUCUACUUUAGCUGUGACUUCACAAAAACUGCUUCCUUCGGGGCCAGAAUCCAGACACUCAUUUGUUGUCUGCCUCCAUGUCGACCUUGAGUCUCUUGAAAUAAAAUGCUCCAACCCCCAGGUGCAGCUUCUGUAUGAACUGGCUGAGAUCACAAGUAAAGUUUGGAAUAAAAUUCAGAGGAAAGGCGUUCUAUAUCAAUCUUCUGUCUAUACUGAAACCAUGACAGGGCCUGCUCCUCCUAGUUCUCCAGUUAAAAGUAGUGUUGGGACCGCUCCACCAGAUACCAGUACAUACAGCCCAUCUGCUGACAUUGGGACCACUACAGAGGGUGAUUCUCUUCAGGGUGGUGAUGAUUCUCCAUUCUCAGACUCCAUUACACUGGAACAAACAACAAGUAACAUUGGAGUCUCAAGUGGACGUGUCAGCCUAUGGAUGCAGUGGAUGUUGCCAAAAAUUACUAUAAAAUUGUUUGCUCCUGAUCCUAGAAAUAAUGGCACAGAAGUUUGUGUUGUCAGUGAAUUAGAAGAUCUCAGUGCCUCAGUGGAUAUGCAGGAUGUCUAUACGAAAAUCAAAUGUAAAAUAGAAAGUUUCAAUAUUGACCAUUACAGAAACAGCCUUGGGGAAGAUUCUUGGUCUCUGGGACAAUGUGGAGGUGUGUUCCUUUCCUGUACUGACAAGCUGAACAGACGUACCUUGUUGGUUCGACCCGUCAGCAAGCAGGAUCCUUUCAGUAACUUCUCUGGCUUCUUUCCCUCUGCAACUGCAAAACUUUUAGAUGGCUCACACCAGCAACAUGGAUUUCUUUCUCUCACUUACACCAAAGCUGUGACAAAAAACGUGCGGCACAAACUGAUUUCAAGAAAUGAACGAAGAACAUUCCAUAAGUUGUCAGAAGGUCACACUGAUGGUUCUCCUCACUUUCUCCAUGAGAUCCUUCUCUCUGCCCAGGCCUUUGAUGUGGUCCUCUGUUUUCCUUUGCUUAAUGCCAUUGCAAGCAUUUUUCAAGCCAGGUUGCCAAAGAGUCAAAAGGAGAAAAGAAAGUCACCAGGCCAACCUAUGAGGACUCACGCUCUAACCUCCCGCAACUUGCCUCUGAUUUAUAUCAACACUGGUGUAAUAAGAGUCUUCUUUCCCAAAAAUGAGGAAGGUCGGCAUAAUCCAGAAGCUAAUCCAGCAAGUAAAGAAGAUACUUUGGUUCUCAAGAUUGGAUCUGUCUCCAUGGCUCCUCAGGCUGACAACCCUCUUAGCAGAGCUGUGCUCAGAAAAGACAUUUAUCAGAGAGCACUAAAUCUAGGAAUACUUCGAGACCCUGGAUCAGAGGUUGAAGACAGACAAUAUCAAAUAGAUCUUCAAUCUAUCAACAUUGGCACUGCUUAUUGGAAUCAGUUGAAACCAGAGAAAGAAAAUGGAAAAGGAGGAGUUUUGACAGAAAGUGAGAGAAAUUCUCAAAAUCCAGCACUUGAAUGGAACAUGGCCAGUAGCAUAAGGCGGCAUCAGGAAAGGAGAGCUAUUCUAACUCCAAUUUUAACAGAUUUCACUGUCCGAAUAACUGCAGCUCCUGCGAUUAUUUUUACCAAAAUCGAUGCUGCAGAGAAUUUACACCCAGAGGAAAUUUUGGUCUGUGGUCAUUCUUUGGAGGUGAAUGUGACAACAAACCUGGAUUUCUUCCUCAGUGUGGCUCAAGUACAACUUCUUCAUCAGCUGGUACAGGCCAAUAUGAUUGGACUGGAACCUCCCAGUAGCACCACUGAGGUUUCCAAACAAGAGCAGAAAAAAAUGGAUGUGGCUGAUGGAGGAACAGUUGAGACUUCUUCCCGUUAUAGUGGAGCACAGGACAGUGGAAUCGGCAGUGACAGUGUUAAGAUCAGAAUCAUUCAGAUCGAGCAGCAUAGUGGUACCAGCCAGCACCGCAUUGCUCGUCCUUCCCGCCAGUCUUCCAUCGUGAAGAAUCUCAAUUUCAUUCCCUUUGACAUUUUUGUUACAGCAAGUCGAAUCUCCUUGAUGACUUACUCAUGCACUGCCUUACCAAAUUCAAAAUCAGUGCAAGAUCAGAAAGAUGGUGAGAAGAUAAGCAAAAGCUCCUUGAACCUUCCAGAAACAGGCUCAGGCAGCAGCCAUGAUACCAAGAAGCCCAGUCAGCCAUGCAUCUCAUCUGUCACAGCAGAUGAUCUUUUGAACAGUAACGCUCCCCCAUCUACUGGGAGAAAAACAGGUCUUUUGUCACUGGAAAGUCUCCACGCUUCCACAAGAUCAUCUGCGCGACAAGCCCUGGGUAUAACUAUUGUACGGCAGCCUGGUCGCAGGGGAACCGGGGACAUAGAGCUCCAGCCAUUUCUCUACCUCAUUGUAUCGCAACCCUCUGUGCUCCUGAGCUGCCACCACAGAAAGCAAAAAGUAGAAAUAUCAGUUUUCGAUGCUGGCCUUAAAGGAGUCGCCUCAGACUACAAGUGUACAGAUCCUGGGAAGACUCUACCAGAAGCUCUGGAUUAUUGCAAGAUUUGGUUGCAGACAGUAGCAGGAGAGGUAGAUGCUAGAAGUGGUAUUCCACCUCCUCUUAUCACUGUGCAAAUUAAAGACUUCCUUAAUGGACCAGCUGACAUAAAUGUGGACAUAUCAAAACCUUUGAAAGCAAAUCUCAGUUUUGCCAGACUUGACCAAAUAAACCAGUUUUUGAAGAAAAUCAUAACCACAAAUGAUGGUGAGCCCAGGAAAGAGGCUACUCCCUUAGCUGGCAUUAUUCCAGAUGAGGAUGUCACUUUGAUGUCCAGACAAUUCAGUACAAAGGAUUUCCUACCUGCAGUGCGCACCAACACUGCACAAAAGUCUUCAGUACAAGAAAACUUGUGGCAAGCCCUUUCCUGCUUCCAGAAAAUUUCCAUUCACACCGUUCAAAUGGUUGUUUUGAUGGAAACCAUCCCACAUCCCAGUAAACCUUGUUUGUUAAUCUCUUUGUCAAGCCUCAGUGGGAGUCUGAAUAUUAGAAGUGGACAUAAAACUGCAGGAAUCCAUGGAUCAUCUUUUGUCCUUGACAUAAAAGAUUUCUUACUUAAAACAAGUCUCAAGGAAAAGGCCAGAUCUCUGAUAGGCCCUUUUUGCUGUUCUGUUAAUGUGGAAGCCAAGUGGUGUAAGCACAGUGGUGAUCCUGGCCCAGAGCAAUCUAUUCCAAAAAUAUACAUUGAUUUGAGAGGAGGACUGCUGCAGGUUUUCUGGGGUCAAGAGCAUUUGAACUGUUUAGUUCUUCUCCAGGAGCUUCUGUGGCAGUACCUUGCUAAAAAGGGCAGUGUAGAGACAUUGGCACCUGAACAUAAACACCCGACUUGCUUUUCUGUGGAAAGGAAUCAGGCCUCAAAAACUGAGCAUACCUCAGAUGAUCUGAGAACAGGCCUGUUCCAGUAUAUACAAGAUGCAGAAGCACAAAAGCUGCCUGGUGCCUAUGAAGUUGUGUUUUACAAUGAAACUGAGGACAGUCCAGGAAUGAUGUUGUGGAGAUAUCCAGAACCCAGAGUGCUCACUCUUGUAAGAAUCAACCCUGUUCCUUUUAAUACCACUGAAGACCCAGAUAUUAGCACUGCUGACCUUGGAGAUGUUCUUCAGAUUCCUUGCAGUUUGGAGUACUGGGAUGAGCUUCAGAAAUCAUUUGUUGCAUUCCGGGAGUUCAGUCUAUCAGAAAGCAAAGUCUGUGAGCUGCAGCUGCCCAGUGUCAACCUUGUGAACGAUCAGAAAGAGCUCAUCGCCUCCGACCUGUGGAGGAUUGUCCUGAAUAACAACCAGAAUGUGGCCGAUGACCAAAGCUCGGAAAGUGAAUCUGGCUCCCAAAGCGCAUGUGAUCAGCUUGUAACCCCCACGGCAUUAGCAGCCUGUACCAGGGUUGACUCCUGUUUUACUCCUUGGUUCGUGCCAUCACUAAGUGUGGUGAUCCAAUUUACCUGUUUGGAAGUCCACCUAUGCCAUCAUCUUGAUCAACUUGGCACAGCACCACCAAAGUUUCUUCAGCCAUUUUUAUCUGAUAAGAACAUGCCAUCUGAACUAGAAUACAUGAUAGUUUCCUUUGAUGAGCCUCAUGUAUAUCUUCGUCAGUGGAACGAUGAGUCAGUGUUCCAGGAGAUCCAGUUUUCAACUCAAGCCAACUGUAAACUUUUGGAGUGUCGAAAUGUGACUCUGCAGAGUGUUGUGAAACCUUUAAAAAUCUGGGGUCAGAUUGCUAUUUCCAGCAGCACAAGAAGAAGGCUAUUGGACUGCACAAUAAUGGUCGACCCCAUUUUCAUCAACUUUGGCCAAUAUGCACUUCAUUCUUUAAAUACAGCAAUUCAAGCUUGGCAGCAGAACCAAUGCCCUGAGGCAGAGGAGUUAGUCUUCAGCCAUUUCGUGAUCUGUAAUGACACACAAGAGACACUGCGGUUUGGCCAGGUGGAUACUGAUGAAAAUAUUUUGCUGGCCAGUCUCCACAGUCACCAGUACAGCUGGCGCUCGCACAAAUCCCCGCAG